UCAACUGGUCUCUAAAGCAGUGAAUCUCGUGAAAGUCAAACUAUCAAAUUUUUUGUUACGAAAUUUCUCUGUAGCAAUGGGUGUUGUCCACAAACUGCUAUACAGAGUUACCAAUGCUAAAUUGUACUUGUGCAUUGGAAUCGUAUUAUGUACAAUGACAAUGGGAUUUACAACAUACUUUCUGAGGCAUGGAUUAGAUUCCAAUUACAACCGUGUGAUCAAAAGUGGUUUCCAAGGGAAAAGAUCAUUUGAUAUUGAAAACGAAUUAUUCGCUGAGGCAGAGUUGAUGUCAAAAAGUAGUCUUUCUACGGCAACAGUGGUUGGUAAAGUUUUUGCUCCUCCAACAGUGAGGACGAAAAAUUAUAUGGAUAAAAUUAUUUACAACCGUGUUGGAAAAUGUGGCAGUCGAUCAAUGUUGUCUUUGAUCACAAGGCUUUCUAGCAGGAACAACUUUCUGUUUUAUGCUUCACCUGUGUCAAAUCGAACAAGAGUUCCUCUUCCAGAAUCGAUCAAAGAAGUUCAAGUUAUAAAUAAUCUACCUUCCCCUAGCCUUUAUUCUAGACAUAUUCACUAUCUCGAUUUAUUCAAAUAUGGUAUUUCUGGGGUUGUUUAUAUAAAUAUGAUAAGAGAUCCCAUUGAAAGAUUCUCUUCCCAGUAUCAUUUUUUACGAUAUGGUGAUGGUAUUAAGGCACAAGGAAGACGCUAUGAACCGUGGGAGGGAGGUGAUAAAGAUAUGGACAUAAAUGACUGUAUUCUGAAAAACCAUCAACUGUGUACUGCUGGCAGAUUAUUUUAUGUAGUGCCAUAUUUUUGUGGUCAAGAUUUUUUGUGCCAUCGUCCAUCAAAGGAAAGUUUGUACAGAGCUAAAGUUCAUGUCAUGGAAAAUUACUUGGUUGUUGGAUACUUGGAGGAUUUCACAGGCAUGCUCCAAGUCCUUGAGAAAUUACUACCACAAUUCUUUACCGGUUCUUUAAAACUUUGGAAAGAUAUUUCAGCAGACACAAUGAUUAAUACAUCAACAUUAAAGAAACAGAAAAUAAAUGAGACUGCAUAUGCUGUGCUAAGGGAAAGAAUGGAAAUUGAAUAUGAUUUCUAUAAUUUUGUCAAAACUCGUUUUAGGAUUAUCAAAAAACAAAUGGAGAUUUUUGACGAUGAUGAAGCCUUGUAAAAUAUUAUCCGACAUGCCAACCAACCCCACACUAUUGAAAUAAUCACUUUAUCUAUAUUUAUUCUUCAAAUAUUGAUGUCAUUCAUUUAGUUAAAAUCCUGCCUAAGAUUGUUAUUUUUUAUCCCAUUGUUAUUGUCUUCUUAUUGAGAUGUGGUAUGAAGUACAGUUUUGCAUCAUUGAAAUCAUUUUUCACAUAUUAAUAUGCUGUGAUAUAUAAAAAUUCCCCCAUGAUGUGGAUUUAUAUGUUAAACAGAAUUUUGUAAAACAAUUUUCAGAAAUUCAAGAUAUUCAUUUUGAAAGACAUUUUGACUAUUUGUUGAAACAAUUAUUGUAUGACCCCAUAUUUGUUCCUCAUUUUUCUUCAGUACAGCAAGUGAGUAAUAUUUGAUUUUCUCAUUUUACACCACUGUCAUAAAAUUUCGAUUGGUUUUCACUGGAUCUACCGUAAUUUUUUUACUUGCUAAAAUCUUCAAGGACUUUUUUGUCAUGUGUACUCAUCUUCAUUCCAUUUGCUGAGAAAUUACUAUUUUAUAAAUUUUUUUACAUAACUCUUACCAUUGCAGUAUUUUUGCUAAUUUUUUUGCAAUAUACUUUGCCAAAGAAACGAAGCGGUGGAGAUGAUACAGAUAUUGCUUUAAAAAAUUAUAAAUGGCUCUAAUGCUUGCUGCUAUCUUUCUUUUGAGAAUUUGGGGAAAUAUAGGUUUAAGAAUAGUGGAAGAUUAUAUUAUUAUUAUUACAUAUAUCUUGAUCUGUUUUUAAUCCUAGAUCAACAUGUCAUGAGUUUUUUUUAAAUUUUCAUUCGUUUAUAUAUAUAUUGAUUACUCUAAUCAUAUAAUGAAUUGUACUAUGUACAAUUGCUAUGUUCUCUAUGAGAAGAUGAGACUGUUUUUACAUUUCUAUUUUGAUUUAAUGACUACCAAUGCUAGACUAGGACUCGUCUUCGAGUAUUGUUGAUGCAUAAAAUUCGAAAUUGAGAUUUCAUUGAAUUUUUAAAACUGAGAUCCAGUUUAAAAUGUUUUCUUAUAUGAGAUUUACCCUCAAAUCAUAGUCACAAGCUUCUUGGUAUAUUCUAGUAUUUAGAUUUGAUGAGCACAUGUUUACACUCGCUGUAUAUUUUGCAUUGUAUUUCUCUGUAAUCAUAGUCAUUGUCAGUAUUUUAUACACUUUUUUACUUUAUCAGAAACUACUUUCUACCUUUUGUCUUCAAGUUUUUCUGCUUUGAAGCACAUAUUUUCACUUUUUUCAUGCAUUCAUCAAACUGUGGUGCUGAAGCAUGAUAGCUUACUAAAUAACAAAUGACGUGAACACAAUUUAUGCCUCAAUAUUUUCAUUUGUUUUCUCUAUCAAGCAUAGGACUAAAAUGGAUUAUUAUAUGUAUGCUUUUUUUAAAUAUUUUUACUAUGUAAAAUUCUUACUAGCUUGUUUCAAGCCCUACUACACAGCAUUAAAGUGAACUUAUUAUAGCUCAAA